UCCCAGUCGUGUUGCGGUAGCAUUUCCGCUACAGACCCAGUUCAGUUUGCUGCUGUUGUUGACCACACAAUAAAUCGAGAAAAUUAUUGCUGUCAGACGAGAACAAUGGAGCCAGAGACGAAGCGAUGGAAAGGGACUAUGAGUGACACUGACUCUUGGAUCGCGCAUCCUGUGCUGUCAGAUGAGCAGACACAAGUCAUAGAGCUGAUCGAUGUGUUUGCUGCACCUAUUGUCAACAAGAGAGAGACAUCCCGACUCAUCAAAGAGUUGAAUAGCGUCUACCCCUUGAAGGGCCUUCAGCAUGUGAAGAGGGUCCGGGCGAGCAAGGAGGUGGGCUGUCGUCACCCUUUAGAGGUCCUGCUAUGUCUCGUCAGUGAAGCACCAAACAUGACCUCGGUCAGCAUCGUAUCUCUGCUGCCAUCAGGUGGAGUUGGACAUGAUGGACUAGGUGAGCCUUUCGUUGUCAAGGUCCCGGCACGUCCUCCUUUGACUAGGCCCCAAUUCGAGCAGGCGAGCAAGCACUGGCCCACCUCUUUCCAUGAAGACAAACAUGUGACAGAUGCCAUGAGAGGACAGUUCUUCAGCAGAGCUCAAAAAGCUAAGAUGCAAUUGUACAUGUCACACGCUGUGGCUGCUGCCAAAAAGGGAAGGGACUUGGGAAUGGAGGCAGUGGGGGCAGUCAUGGUCAAUCCGGUCUCGGAGACAAUCAUUGCAGUCGGCCAUGAUUGUAGACGUAAGCACCCGCUUCAUCACGCUGUCAUGGUAUGCAUUGACAUUGUGGCCCGCGUGCAGGGUGGUGGCUGCUACUCCUUCGACACAUACCCCGCUUGCAGUUACACAUCGCCUGGCCCCGUUUCAACACCAGUCCCACCCUCCUGUCUUCAUGCUGAGGACACUACGCAGCAGCCGUAUAUAUGCACUGGAUAUGACCUUUACGUCACCCGAGAGCCUUGUGUAAUGUGUGUUAUGGCGUUGGUCCACUCACGGAUAGGUCGUGUGUUCUAUGGUGCGGACUUUGCAGACGGCGCCCUGGGGAGUAAAUUUAAAAUCCACACACAGAAAGAUUUGAACCAUCACUUUGAGGUUUAUAAAGGAGUGCUGCACAAGCAGUGUCAGGAUCUCAACUGCGUGUCUUCUUGAAACGCCUUCAUUUUAAAGUAUUUUACUUAAAUGCUGAUUAUUCUCGGAUAGGGUGGGCAGACUAUGGUGUGCGGGCCAUAUCCGACCCAUAAAUGCCUUUUAAUCAGUCCCACGGGAUGUUACCGAUUUUUAAAAAAAACUUUUAACACUGCUGUAGCCAACCAUAGGAUGCUCUUUUCACAUGACCAUAAAUCUUGAACAAUCAAGAUUAUUCCAGUAGUUUCUGAAUCGAGAGAGUCUGCGUUUUCUACUGAUAUGUAGGUCAUUAUGGUAAUCAUAGGGACUACAUCACAGCAACUCCAGGAAGACAAGGCACUGAUAGAAGCAGAGUGGGUGUGGGUCUGUGUACAGAGUGGCCUGUGGGAGAGAAGACACAGAAGUAAGCUUUCUAUUACAGAAAAGUGAUAUUUGAUCAGAAUUUGGUGGGUUUUUCUUAAUUGGAAAAGAUGUGGCGGUCGCCUAGGAUUAAAGCCCUUAAGGUUCACACACAGUUUAUAUUCAAUAUUUUAUGGUUCAUGUUGUAAAUCCCACUUCCUGUAUUCAUGUACAUGUCUUAUUGUCAUAAUUUAACAGUGUGUCGUCCUUUGUACGAUGUCUUGUUGAACUGUAAAAAAGUACAUAAUUCCUGGAUACCAGCAUGUCAUUACUUUAAAAUACGUUUUCUAUUUUUUUCUCUUUUUGACAUGAGUUUGUGUGAUCAACAGCACCUAAUAAGCCCAUUUCAGAUGGCAGAGCUUGGACACAACUCGUCUUCAUGGCAAAACACGCAUAGGUGUCCAAAGUGUGGUGCAGGGGCCAUCUGUGGAACGUGCCUCAUUGCAUAAAUAAAAACCCAGCAGAGUAAACAGCUAUCAUGUAACUAGGAAACGCUAAAUUGUGGAUACUAAUAACUAAUAAAAACACAGAUCCCACCUGAGAUGUGUUCCACACGGGCAAGUGGAGGGGCUGCCAUCAUGACCUGGGGUGCUUUUUCCUGCAGUGGAACAAUGGUGCUUCAGGUCGUGCAGGGGAAUCAAACGGCAGCUGGCUAUGUGGACGUGUUGCAGUGGGCACCCCCCAUGACUGAAGGCCCUUGUCUGUGUGGUGUUUUUCAACAGGACAUCACUGCAGUUCACAAUGCCCACCUGACAAAGGACUUUUUCCAACGGAAUAACCUCACUCUUUUGGACCAUCCUGCGUGGAACACGUAGGAUACUGUUCCCCUGAUUUUAAAUCAGGGGAACAUGCAGCAUGGUCCAAAAGAGUGAGGUUAUUCCGUUGGGGGAUGGACAGCAAGGGAAGUUUACAAAAAUAGACCUCAGUUCUAGACAGUGGAUGCCGUCUGUGAGGCCAUCUUCAAUUUUCUUUCUAUUUUCGAGGAUUUUUUAAGCUAUGGUCUUAAACUUUUGAUCAGCUGAUGAACAAGCCAUUUCUCUUUAAUGCUUGUUUGCAAUAAAUGGCUUUUUUGUCUUACUCCCACUUCUUUUUGCAUUGUGAAGCUCUACUUAGUGCAAAAUGUACAGUCUUGCAAUUUUUCAACUAGUCUUAAGAUUUUGAUCCAGAGUUAAAAUAACGGCCAACCCCUGUUGUGGGAGCACGUUGGGAGUUAAACUGCUGUGGGAUUGUUGCCAAUGACUUCUUAUUCACACAGACGUUGAAAAUGCUGGUUUCGCACCAAAGUAAGCAUUUUUGGAAUAACAAUUUAAUCUGGUCACAUCCCAACUGCAUAUAUAGUUCAACAUUUUUAAAAAUCUAAUCUACAGUAACUGACGAAACAAGAUACUACACAAAACAGGUGUGAAACUCUAGGCCUGGGGGCCAGAUCGGGCCUACCACAUUGUUUUACGCGGCCCACUAAAACAUGGAAAUAGUGCAUGUCCGUAAUACAAUCUUCCUUCCUAAAGGCAUGUUCGUUAAAUUUGUACUUGCACUGUGUGCAAUUGUAGUUUUAUUCACUAACUAAUCAAUAACUAAACAUGAUUAUUUGAUGCAAUAAAAUAUGACAAGCUUGUUUAUUCACCAAACCCCCUGAAAUCAAA